GGUCAACGCGCACCGACGACUCGACGACAGCAAGAUCAACUGGACCUGCGCAAACCCGUGAACUGAUCGAAUCAUCAUGUCUAACUUUUCUCGUCCAGUCCCGUCGCACCUGCGUGGCCAGUCCAUGGGCGCGUCGCAGCAGUCAACUUUCUUGCAGCAGAAAAUUGCUGACAAGAAGACUGAGCUCGCAAACCUCAAAGACUUGCAGGCGUUGAGCGGCGGCUUAGCAGACCAGAUGCAAAUGCUGGCCGACAAGCUGCAGACGCUUUCGAACGGUACAGAAGCCGUCGCAGCAGUACUCUCGAACUGGCAUAAUGUUCUUCGCGCUAUCAACAUGGCCUCCACCAUCAUGCCCAAACCAAAGGAAGACGACGAUGAUCCAGAGGCAAGGCAAGAGACUGAACCACCUCUACCACAGACCCUUGUUCGAAUUCCAACUCAGCAUGCACCUGCCGUGAUUGAGCAGGCCAAUGCUGGAGCUGCAGCUGCAGCGGAGUGAACUACAAAAGAGGUACGGAAUUAUUGAAAGAUCGAGUAAGACCACCAGCCACCCCCAAAAAGAUAUGCGCACAAGCAUGUACACGUCAAUCACUGCGUUCCCAUCUACGUAUGGAGUCAAGCUACGCGAGAAGGCCAUUCCGACAGCACGACAUGUUUAUGAGGAUGGUACAUCGAAGCCACGGGGUCAGCGCCGAGGAAUUGGGGUCAUGCAUGGAAGCGAUGAGACUGAACUGCCCAGCAAUGUAAGAUUGAGUGAGAACAAAUCGUAGGCAUAUAUCAUCGUUGGAAAGACUGGU